UCAAGCGUCAAGGUAGGGACUGGACAAGGCUUGUGACGUAAACCUAUAUAAGCGGCGGCUUGAUUGGCGCGGCUACACUCAGCUACCAACCUUCCAAGACUGAACAGCAUAACCUACUAACCAUCCAAGAUGUGUGACGAAGAUGUGGCAGCACUUGUUGUGGACAAUGGAUCUGGAAUGUGCAAGGCUGGCUUUGCCGGCGACGACGCUCCCAGGGCCGUCUUCCCAUCCAUUGUUGGCAGGCCGCGAUACCAGGGAAUUAUGGUUGGCAUGGGACAGAAAGACAGCUACGUGGGAGACGAGGCACAAUCGAAGAGAGGAAUUCUGACAGUGAAAUACCCGAUCGAGCACGGAAUCGUGCCCAACUGGGAUGACAUGGAGAAGAUCUGGCACCACACCUUCUACAACGAGCUGAGAGUGGCACCAGAGGAGCACCCUGUCUUGCUCACUGAGGCACCCCUCAACCCCAAGGCCAACCGAGAGAAAAUGACACAAAUAAUGUUUGAAACAUUCAACACACCCGCCAUGUACGUUGCUAUUCAAGCCGUGCUGUCGCUCUACGCUUCUGGACGAACAACGGGUAUCGUGUUGGAUUCAGGAGAUGGAGUCUCCCAUACAGUUCCUAUCUACGAAGGUUACGCUUUGCCUCAUGCUAUUCUGAGAUUGGACUUGGCUGGUAGGGAUCUGACCGACUACCUGAUGAAGAUCUUGACUGAGAGAGGCUACAGCUUCACCACCACGGCUGAGAGAGAAAUCGUCAGAGACAUCAAAGAGAAACUGUGCUAUGUGGCUCUGGACUUUGAGCAGGAGAUGGCUACGGCGGCAUCUUCCAGCUCACUUGAGAAGUCUUACGAACUUCCUGACGGCCAGGUUAUCACAAUUGGAAACGAGCGAUUCCGUUGCCCAGAGGCAAUGUUCCAGCCGUCAUUCUUGGGUAUGGAAUCGUGCGGAAUCCACGAGACCACUUACAACUCGAUCAUGAAGUGCGACGUCGACAUCCGUAAGGACCUGUACGCCAACUCAGUGCUGUCGGGAGGCACCACCAUGUACCCAGGCAUCGCUGACAGAAUGCAGAAGGAAAUUACUGCCCUAGCGCCCUCCACAAUGAAGAUCAAAAUCAUCGCUCCACCCGAGAGGAAGUACUCUGUAUGGAUCGGAGGAUCCAUCCUCGCCUCUCUCUCCACCUUCCAGCAGAUGUGGAUCUCCAAACAGGAGUACGACGAGUCUGGUCCAUCCAUUGUCCACAGGAAGUGCUUCUAAGCCCCCAACUGGACAACGCCCCCCCUCCUCCCAACAACGCAAACCUUUCUUGUUUCCCCCACCGCAUCACAUCAAUCUAUUCCCAAAACGUUUUGUCAUUAUCCAUCAUCAUUUGGUAUCAAUGUACAUUCUAACCUCAUUAUUUAUUUCAUUUGUAAAAAUGUUUUGUAAAUUUUGUAAUUCAACAAGUGUCUCCUAUAUUUAUUACAGUAAAUCUUGUUGCCUUUACCUCCCAUUCCUGCACUUUUAGUUCGUUCAUUUGUUAUCAACUUGUAUUAUUUAUUGUUUAUAAAGCUGACAUUUCUCUUGUUGAAA